ACGUAAAAUAUUUAAAGGUUUAUCACAAACUGUAUAGGGCUUAUAACUAUUUUAAGAUACAGCCUUCAUUAUCAUUACUUUUAACUUGUUUACAUGAAAUAAAUGAAUUUUUAUUCGAGUAAUUUAUAGUCUUAACCAAAAUGAUUAAAACAGAUCCUUGGUGUGGUGGAACAGGAGAAGAAUAUGAAACGCAACAUUUUGGUUUUGGUGCACAGCGUCUAAAAAUUGCUAUACGUCAAAUGGUUGAACAGAAAAUUAAAACAGGAGUAAAAGAUAUGGAAUCUUAUUUACAAGAUUCAUUGGAUCUAAAUGAUACUGAUAAAUGUACUUUAACGCAUUCUUGUGACAAAUUAAUUCAACUAUAUUGUGAACGUGCAGGUCCUUCACUGGAGAUUAUAGAUAAUGAGAUAGAGAAAGUGCUAAAAAUUCCCCAAAACGUAUUGCUUUCUGAAGACGAAGUGCAACUUCAAGAUUUGUCUAAUACAGAUUACGAAAAACUAAAGGACGAAGUUUUUUUGCUUCGAAAAAAUGUUGAGCGUGGAGCUUUGAUGGAAGCUUUACUAACUGCAGAAGAUGAAGAGUUAUCAUCACUUGAAACUGUAUGUGAAACUGCCAAAAAGGAUAUGGAGCUUUUGGAUUCACUGUUAAGACACACCGAGACAAGCGAUUCUAUCAAAACCAUUCAACACGAGACUCAAUUUUUGUGUGCUAGUGUUCCUUUUAUGAAAAAUGUGGUUGAUAAUUUGAUUUUUGAUGAAUAAUUGUUUUAUUUGUCGUAACUGAUUUACAUUUGAAGUUCUAUUAUAUACUAGCACAUAGGACUCGGGAUACAAGUUUUAAGCAUUUUUCAUUGAGAAUAUCUUCCAGUAUAGCACUGCAAAUGCAAUAUUGAUAAAAUAUAUUAUUUGAAGUUGUUUCAAAUAUGAGUAUGUAAAUUUAAGUUCAUUGUAAAAGACAAAGAAUAGAGAAAUGUCAUUUACUGAAUGAUGAAAAAUGUGUUUUCAUGCUAAAAACAGCAAUUGAAAUGCUAUAUAGGAUUCGUCUAUCCAAAAAAAUAUUUAGGACUAAAAAUAAACAACAUUUUGUAACAUAUUAUUUAAUUAAUCUCAAUGGUAUCACAUUUAUGACUUAUUCUAUACACAAAACUAGAAAUUAACGAGCCUGGCUCUACUUUACACACUAUUUACUGAACACUGUAACAACAUUCAAUUUAAAACUAUGUAUGACUUAACUCCUAGUACAGAAUUAUACAUUUUUGAUGGCACUCUUUUAUAUGUAAAUAUGUAAGAAUAUUGUAUAAUUGAGAAUUAUUCCCUUUAAACAUUUUAAAUCUCCUAUGUCUACAUGUUAUUAAAAUAUGUAUUGACAGUAAUAUAGCCUUUUAGACUACAUAUUAAUCAACUGACUGUGUGCAGUUGCUAUUAGUAGUUGAAUGACAUACUUUCUGACAUCUGUAGCAGCAGUAGGUACACUAUUAUAAUAUUGCAGACUGUCAAAUCUCUAUUCUUAUAUAAUCUCAACACCAACAGCUUUUAGCUUGACUGUUUUAGUUUGAGUACUGGGUUUUGUGGUACAGGAC